AACAAAUCUUUUUUUAACAAAACACUGAACGCACCCAAACGCUACAAUGGCGGAGAAGGAGAAAAAGUGCGAGAUCGACUACAGCAAAUAUGUGGACGCGGCGACAAAACGCAUAGUAUACGGAUGUAUAGGCCUGGUCGUUACGGUUGCGGUUGUGGUUUUCUUGGUAUGGGCCAUACUACACCCACACAAAAUGGAUUUUGUCCUACAAGACGUUACCAUUUACGAGUUUAACAUCUCACAGCCAAAUCUGCUAACUUCAAAUCUCCAAGUCACACUCUCAUCUCACAACCCAAACGACAAGAUCGGAAUUUUGUACGAACGCCUAGACAUCUAUGCCUCGUACCGCAACCAAGAGGUGACUUUGGCGCAUCUAUUGCCGGAAACGUAUCAAGGACAUCUGGAAGUAACGGUGUGGUCGCCGGUUCUGACUGGAACGGCCGUGUCAGUGGAACCUUACCUGACUCCAGCACUAAACGAAGACAUAAACGCCGGGAUGGUGCUUCUAAACAUCAAGAUCGACGGUUGCGUUAAGUGGAAAGUGGGCACGUGGGUAUCUGAAUGUUAUCGGCUCCUUGUCAAUUGUCCGGCGUCCAUUCCCUUCUCCGGUCAGUUAGCCGGUACCGGUCCGGCGAUCAAGGACCAGCUUGCUCAGCAAUGUGCUGUUGACGUAUGAAAAAAAAAACUUCAUUGUUUUGAUAAAGGGUUGUUCAUUACAUUUUAAGCUUGAAAUAUUUUUUGUCGUGUAAACUUGAAUGUGGGCUUCCGGUCAUUAUUUUAAAAGUUGUUUUAUUUUAUUUUUAGCUUUAUAAAUGAUUUAUUUUAAAUUAUAUUAUAAAUUUGCAGAAAUUGUUAGUUUUUUUAUGAGAUGAGCACACUAUAUCACAUAUUAUAUUAUUACUGUUAGAUUGCAUAUUUUACUGUUUUAUAUAAAAAUUGAUAAAACGAGUUUGUAGAUUUUUUAUAAGUAAACGAGUUUGUAGUUAAUUAUAUACCACCGUCAAAUAUUAUUAUUACUGUUUUAUAACACAUUAACAGCAAAAACUAUGAUUAUGUUUGAAUUUGUGUAGAGACUUUUGGUAUAAAAAAUAUUAUUACUGUUUGGUCUAGAUAAAAUUUGAUUAAGAUUUGCUUUGAAAGAUUUCAUUUUGGUAUGAAUCGUUUUAUAAGAAAGUUCAGGGAAACACCAGAACACAAGAGGGUAGUUAUUAGUUCCAAAUGAUAGCAUGACGUGCACAAUAACUUUAACUUCACCGAAUCAUAUCGAAAUAUUUUUCUUACAGAAAAGAGAAAAAAUCCAUCAAAAUUGUGCAUUUCCCAAGCAAGGAGCAAUGCUGAAUCUUCAAGUUAAGUUUAAAAAAAAAAGUUCCUCUUUUAACAAACCUUUUCCACACCAACACCCUCCUCACUCAAUAAUCUCAACUUCUUUUCCCUUCCUCUUUUUUUUUAAAAAAAUGCCUUUGAAGAAGAAGAUGAAAUAUACACUCAAAACCAUACUCAAGCCCAUUUUCAUGCCCUGUGGUUGCGGCUCCACCGUCCCGCCUCCAUCUCACAGCCACUACACCCCAGGACUACCGGUUUCUCCCACGGUGUUACGCAGCCCAUGUCCUAAGAUUGAUGAGAGCGUCGCAAUGGCUAAGGAAUCAUCCAAUCCAUUCGAAGAUUACAAGAUGUCUAUGAAUCAGAUGAUCAAGGAGAGAGAUAUCAAAACAGAUGAUGAUCUUAAGGAGCUUCUUAGGUGUUUCCUGGACAUAAACCCUCCUCCUCAACACAAUCUCAUCGUCCGGGCUUUUGUGGACGUCUGUUCACUUCUCGGGCCACCACACGGCCGCCGUGGAAACUCACUUGGCAGAUUGCUACGUCUUUAUGUUAAUCCUGUUGAUGAUAAUGAUGAUAACUCACACCAAACCUCUUCAUUUAAGAUGAGAAACGGAUCCCCAUGAAUGUGUCAUGUGUGUUACAAUAUUGUGAAUAAUUUUAUUUUAUUUUAGUUCUCUUUACUAUAUACAGUAUGUUUUAUGAUUCCAUCAUGCAAGAUUAUAUGUGAACCAUUUAAGAAAUAUAUAAAAAUCAAAGAUGUGAAUUA